UUGUCCCUCCUCGCUUAUUGUACAUUUUCACAAUAUUAGCAUCUGUUAGCACUGAAAAUAGUUUCCACUGCGUGAUCAGACGAAUCAAUUGACCAAAUUCACAUGUUCAUUUAAAAGGGCCUCUGAUCAACAAGCCGCCGAUUUGUUGCUAAUCCUUCAACAUGGUCAAUGUACAUAAAGGUGUCCUCGUUGAAUGUGACCCUGCCAUGAAGCAGUUCCUCCUUUAUCUGGACGAAAAAAUGGCUUUAGGAAAGAAGUUCAUCCUUAAGGACCUCGAUGACACACAUGUCUUCAUCUUGGCAGAAGUGGUCCAAACCCUACAGGAACGAGUGGGAGAGUUAAUGGACCAGAAUUCAUUCCCCAUCACGCAGAAAUAACCCAUUGACCUUUGCAAAGAAUUGUCCUCCUUGGACGGUGAACUACUUAUCUUUAGACAUUCUUUCAGUUAAUUGAAAUUGAACCGUUGUUCAUCCUUUGUUACAUGAUAAUAAUAAAAAAAUAAUAAUGGCUUACAUUUUUGUGAGACUUUUUUUCUAUUACUAUUUCUGCAUCCACCACACUUUGAGACUUUUUUUGUCUGUGUUGCGUCAAAAGUUACCUCAUAACUUGGCAGAGCACCCAUGAAAACUGUUUUUCAAACCUGAAGAUGACCAUAAUUUUUAGGCAACUUUUCACUAUGUGCACUGAAAUAGGAUUGAAAUCAUGAAUCCCUAAUUAUCCUAGAAAAGGGAAAUGUAAUUGUCUUGAAAUAAUUAAUUUUGAUAAGCUGUAAAGAAAAUGUGAGUCACAAUA